CUCAAUUACUAAGGUCCACCUCAUACAUCCUAUCAUUUGAAAAAUAAUAAAAAGGCUGUGAUCAAAACAAUUGUUACGUUGCCCUGGCAACGGAUCCAGUAGUGGGCCAAACAAAGGAUAUCUCCACCGAGGAAGCUAAACGACUUGCCCAAUCAAAAUGUUUUUACUUGACAGAAUACUGCCGCUAAUAUUUGGCUACAUAAGGCCAUUCAUCAAGUGGUUCCUGCACGCCUUCACCCGUCUAUCCGAGCUUCAGAGGAUCUGCUAUGGAGCCCGGGCAGGAGCCAGCCGAACCAGCCAGGUGGAAAGGUCCUUGACUUUGUCAAAGACGCCCCAAAUAAGACGCCUCGUACUUGACCUUGAUGAGGCGGCGCCCUACGUGGACAACCGGGAAUUGAUGGAGUUUGCUCCUCGUGCGGCACGGGUUGUUAUGCAGGCAAAACGCAUUAAAAGCAAUGUGCAUCCUGACUUCGCCAGGCUGUUUGGAAGCUGCGUUACCAGCAUAUGGGGCUACCGGCGGCUAAUGCAUCAAGUGGAGCAACUGCGGGCGGAGCGAUACGACUCAGACAACUUGGAUCACGAGCAUAAGUUGCUAAGGUUGUGGCAGCUUCUGAUGCCCGACACCCCGCUUACUGGACGGGUGAGCAAACAGUGGCAGGAUAUCGGAUUUCAAGGCGACGACCCCAAGACAGACUUCCGGGGUAUGGGCAUGCUGGGCUUAGAGAACCUUCUCUACUUUGCCACGGCCUACAACGAUGCCGCCAAGCAUGUUCUCCUGCAUUCGCUGCAUCCCACUCUGGGCUACACGUACGCCAUCGUGGGCAUCAACCUCACAUCGAUGGCCUUUAAUCUGGUUAAAACCGGAGCCGCCAAGACGCACUUCUACAACCAGGUGGUGCAGCACAAACAAGACUUUAGCACAGUGGAGGACUUCCACAAGCUGUACUGCUACUUGUUCUUUGAAUUCGACCGCUUUUGGAUGGAAAGUGAUCCACGCAAUAUUAUGGACUUUCGCGAGAUCUAUCAGGCAUUCGAAAUCACCAAACUGGAGGCCCUGCACAAUGAGAAUACUAUUUUUAAGACAAAUUUGGUUGUCGAGUCCGUCUAAGAUUUGGAUGAAUGGGUUUUAUUUUAAUUAUAGUUGAAUAAUAUUAGGAAUAAAGUCACUAAGUCAAUUGGCAGAUAGUUUAAUCCUAUUGAAACCCUUAUUUUAAACUGCAUGCUUCGAAGUGCCUGGAUCAUUUUACCUUUGUUUCCAAAGUAGUACUUACUUAACUCCACAAUAAGUCCAAACACGUAUUUCUUUACUUUUUCGUAUAAAUGCAGAUUUUAUGCGCUUUAUUUUGAGAGGCAUAUAUAAGGUAUAUUUAUGUAUGUAUUCGUAUAUAUUUUAAUGCAAUUGUGUAAAUCGUUAACUAACAUAAGCCUGGAAUGUCACCUAAUAAUACUUUAAAAUCAAGUCAGAGAUUACCCACUGAGAUAGGGAGAAUAAUAAAUAAUAUUUUAAAUAUCACGCAAAAGCAUAAAAACUAAA